AACGGAUCCAUGGCGUUGACUCGACGCCGCUCAUGCGCUCAGGCAGGAGAUCUGAAACCGACAAACAGCCAUCGGUUAGCAAACAUAUCCCUCCGGUUUUAAAGACGAAAACAUGGUGUCUGCUGCGGUGCUCUUUCUUUUAACUGUCGGUUCUGUCUGUGGAGAAGCUGCAGCAGAAAGGAAACUAGUAUAUGUGACUGUGUUGUUUCGUCAUGGUGACAGGUCUCCGGUCAAAGCCUACCCUACCGACCCACACCAAGAGAGCGACUGGCCACAAGGGUUUGGACAGCUAUCGCAGAUGGGGAUGCGGCAGCACUUUGAUCUGGGCCAGUUUCUGAGGAAUCGAUACAAAGGGUUCCUUAACCAAUCCUAUGAGAGACACGAGAUCUCCAUUCGCAGCACAGACUACGAUCGCACCCUGAUGAGCGCCGAGGCCAACCUUGCAGGUCUCUACCCGCCCACUGGUCAGCAGGUCUUUGAAGAAAACUUGCAGUGGCAGCCAAUACCUGUACACACAGUGCCACAAAGUGAAGAGAGGCUACUCUCCUUUCCUUUGGGUGACUGUCCUCGCUACAAACAGCUGAUGAACGAAACUGAACACACAGAGGAAUUUAUUAAUGUCACCAAAACGUACCAGGACAUUAUAGAGCUGGUGAGGACUAAAACCGGACUGAAUAAGACUGAUGUGGAAUCAGUCUGGAGCGUGUACGACACACUCUUCUGUGAGUCCCGUCACAACAUGUCCGCUCCUGACUGGGUGACUCCUGAUGUCAUGGAGAAGCUCCGAGUGCUCAAAGACUUCAGUUUUCAGGUUAUAUUUGGGGUCUACAAACAACAAGAGAAGAGCCGGUUGCAGGGAGGUAUCCUACUGGGUGAAAUAGUAAAGAAUCUUUCCAAGAUGGCUGUCCCAGACCCGAAACAGAGACUGAAAAUGAUGAUGCUGUCAGCGCAUGACACCACUGUAGCCGCUCUUCAGGCCAGCUUGAAUGUGUUCAAUGGAGUACAGCCGCCAUAUGCAUCCUGUCAAAUAUUUGAGCUGUACAGGGACAACGGCUCUGUUUCAGUGUCGAUGUUCUACCGGAAUGACAGCGCAGUGGAGCCGUACCCUCUGCAGUUACCAGGCUGCUCCCUUGACUGCCCCCUAGAUGAGUUUGUGAGAAUUACAAAGCUCUCCAUUUCAGAAGACCGGGACAAAGAGUGUCAAGUGCAUUCCGAAGGGAGAGAUAAAGAAGUGAUCAUCAGUCUGGCAGUGUCGGGCAGUCUGAUCUUCUUCCUCAUCGUCGGCCUCCUUGGCAUUAUUUGUUGGCAGAAGGAGCCAAUUAGCAAACGGGGAUACCAACAUGUGGUCAACCAGGAAGUCAUAGAGGAAUCCUGACAGAAGCACAAACUCCGCUCUAGGAGAUCGACAAGCCUGGCAUCUUGGGACAGCAGCGAUGACGAUGAACUUUGAACUCUAAAACUCUAAAACUCCAGAGGUACCUUUUUGAUGGUUUCAUCAACACAUUCGGGUCGGAAGCCACAACGAUUAGAUUUUUUUCAUUUUUUCAAACAGUGAGUUUUCGUCCAAAAGGACCCUGUCUCUGUUGGGUCAGAAAGAAGAAUUUAUUUAAAGUGCUCAUAUUAUGCUUUUGGCUUUUUCCCUUUCCUUUAUUGUGUUAUAUAUCUUCUUUGUGCAUGUUAUAGGUUUACA